AUGAAUUACACAGAAUUACCACCGAGGUACGAAGGGCUACCGCCUGAUCUAUCCGGCCCCUCCAUCCAAAAUGGGCCGAUCAAUGUCCUGAUAGUUGGGGAAACCCAACAAGGCAAAAGCACGCUAGUAAAGCACAUACAUACUUAUGCAGGUCUUCCAGACCCUGAUAUCAAAAUUGGUUCUGGAAACGUAUCUUGCACUCGAUUUUCGCAAUACUACGAACUGGAUGUAAAUCUUCGUUCUUACCACCUCGAAGACACAUCUGGCAAUAAAAUCGAAAUUUCGAAAGACAACUACAGGAAAUUAUGUACAUACGACAAUGAAGACGCGAAGGUCGCGUUGACCGCCCCCGAGUCAGGAAUACCGUACCGGACCAUCAGGUUCAAUAUCUUGGAUACUCCAGGUCUUGAUGACAGCGAUGGGAAAGAUAUGGAUAUCAUGGCUGGAAUAUUGGCCAAAGCCGGCGAGCUGAGCCAUAUCCAUGCCAUAGUAUAUGUCCGAAAUUCCUCAACAAACUUUGGAGAGUCAUUCAAAUCAUUCUUUGGAUAUCUCCAGCGAUCAAUGCCUAGUCUGGCUCGCGGCCUUGUCAUAGUUCAUAGCUCUUUUACUCCCAUGAGAGUCACCUCUCACAUUCGACAAGGAAAAGAUUGGUCAGAGAUUCGACGGGAGGGUUUCAAAGCUGCAACGAAUCUCGAACUUGCCCAUUUCUUCAUGGAUAAUGAACCUGAUACCAAUAGUCCUUUAAGUAUGGUUCUUUCAUUGAAUGAAACUUGUGCUUUGUUAUCACAUAUCAAAGAACAACCGGUGCAGCCAGCAUCGUCAUUCAAACUGCUCAAAACCCCACGCAUGCAGCAAGUAGACGGGUUUGUCAUUAAUGCGGUCGCCGAAGUCAGAAGGGUAAUCAAAAAAAAACUGGAAGAGUCUUCAAAGAACCUCACUAGCAACGAGCUUAAGGCUCUAGAGGACCAGAGCGAACUAGCAAGAUUAACCAGAAAGAUUCAACUCAUAAACGACGAUAUCAAAGGCUACGAAUAUGGUCCUGAUAUCGUACUAGGAUCAGUUUCGGUUACCGAAGAAUUCUCUUUUCUUGGAAAUCUUAUUCUGAAGCAAGAAUUCAACUUACCGGGGAAAACGAUGAAUUUCAAUACUGAUGAGCCGAUCGGGUACGUCCAAAAGUCUGCAACUGGUGGAAGCAGAUGGGCACAAGAGACUAUACAGGGUAACCGCUGGAGCGGUUUUAUCACUGCCGGUUUGUUUCGAAGCAUACGUGGCUCCGCGACAUUCUACGUCAAGUCAGAAGCCAAGUACAGAGCACAGAUCCGAUCCUUAAAAGAAGAAAAGAAUGAAACCGAAGAGAAAUUUAAACGACUAGACGCCCUCAAGACUUCUGUUUCCUCUGUUCAGAAGGGCAUCCAGCAAUUAAAUCUACUCCUUGGCCAGUCUGACGAGCUAACUGUGGCGGUGAAGCGAGAUAUUAUGGAUAUGAAAUUGUAUCCAGAUCUCCGUCAACUGUACUCAGCAACCGAGCCCCGCCUGUCUCGAGGAGAGAUAACUGCCUUUAUCCAAGUUUAUAACACUGAAAUUGCGGAGUUUUAUGAAAAAUAUAGUUGA